AAACUUUAUUGUUUCAGCGAGUUGUCAUGGCGGCGUCCACAAGCCAGGGCUGGAGCUGGUUUCUCGCUUUGGCUCUUGGAGUUUCUUUUCUGAAAUGUUUACUGAUAAAUGCCUAUCACUCUACAGAUUUUGAAGUCCACCGGAACUGGCUCGCCAUCACUCACUCUCUGCCUGUGUCAAAGUGGUAUUAUGAGGCCACAUCAGAGUGGACACUGGAUUAUCCUCCCCUGUUUGCAUGGUUUGAGUUUGGACUGUCACACAUCGCCAAAUACUUCGAUGCGAAGAUGCUGGUUGUUGAGAACCUUAAUUAUGCCAGUCCUGCCACAGUGUUGUUCCAGAGACUUUCUGUCAUUACCACUGAUGUGAUCUUCAUUUAUGCUGUUAGCGAAUGUUGUAAAUGUUUACGGGAAGACAAAGGAAAGGAUCUGCUGGCAAAGCCAUGUUUCAUCCUGGCCACACUGCUGCUGUGGAACUGUGGACUUCUGAUUGUUGAUCACAUUCAUUUCCAGUACAAUGGCUUCCUUUUUGGAAUUCUUCUGCUUUCAGUCGCACGACAUCUUCAGAACAGACAUUUCGAGGGUGCCCUACUGUUUUCUCUCCUCUUAAACCUGAAGCACAUAUUCCUGUACAUUGCACCAGCCUAUGGAAUCUUCCUGCUCAGGUGUUUCUGCUUCACUCAGAGUAACGCAGAUGGUUCAGUGAGGUGGAAAAGUUUCAGCUUUUUCCGCUUCGUAGUUCUUGGAUUUAUUGUGCUGUCCAUCUUUGCUGUGUCAUUUGGACCCUUUAUUAUUCUGGGUCAAAUUCCACAAGUCCUUUCCAGACUCUUCCCUUUCAAGCGUGGGUUAUGUCACGCCUACUGGGCCCCUAAUAUCUGGGCACUGUACAACAUAGCAGACAAAGCUCUCUCUGUCCUGGGUGUAAAAUUCAAACUGCUUGACCAGAACAAACUUCCCAAAGCUUCGAUGACUGGAGGUUUGGUUCAGGAAUUUCAACACGCCGUUCUUCCACCUGUGUCUCCUCUAGUGACACUUGUUUGUACUUUACUGUCAAUCCUGCCUGUUGUGUUCAGUACGUGGCAAAGACCUAACGGAGCCCGAGGUUUCCUGCGCUGCAUGAUUAUUUGUGCCCUCGGCUCUUUCAUGUUUGGUUGGCAUGUCCAUGAGAAAGCCAUUCUAAUGGCAAUACUUCCUCUAAGCUUGCUAGCGGUAGAAAGUAAAGAUGAUGCUCGAACCUUUCUGAUCCUAAGUACAACAGGCCAUUUUUCCCUUUUUCCACUCCUCUUUACAGCACCAGAGCUGCCUAUCAAAAUUCUAUUCGUGCUGAUGUUUACAAUCUUCAGUUUUACCUCAUUCAGGAAGCUUUUCAGUAAAGCGGGCUGGUUGGUGAACUCAGUGGAAGCUGUAUAUCUCCUGGGCCUGGUUGUUCUGGAGCUCAUCUGUGAGAUUGUUUACCCGCUGACUCGCUGGCAGCAGACGUUUCCCUUCAUCCCUCUGCUCUUCACCUCUGUCUAUUGUGCACUGGGUGUAGUCUACAGCUUCAUCAGACUCUACCUGUCAGUGUUCAGUGCUUCCAGCAGCAAAGUGAAAACUCAGUAAUGCAUGAAGGUUGUAGAAACACUGGGAUGUUCGAUAACGUGGAGCUCUAAUUAAAUUUUGUUUACAAUUAUGUGACCAUAUGUUACUUUGGACCCAUAAAACUACUUUUGAGGAAGGGGUGUCUAUCAAUGUAAGUACUUUUAUUUUGAUAUGCAGUCAUUUUCUCUUGAAUGUGGUGUUUUAAUUAAAGAACUAUACUUUCACUUUUCUUCCAUCACCUUUUCCUGGCUUUUUUUUAAUAAAUAAUAUUGCAGCUCGGAGGCAAAAAAACCCCCACAACAUUGAUAUUUUUCCACAUUUUAUUCUUCAUAAGGCAAAAACACAACUGCAUAGAUGUUCAGGCUAUACUUCACUUGACUUGUAAAGUGUCCACAAAAAUAAAUUCUGAUUAAUACUUAGUGUUUACAGCAUGAAAAUGAAAUGUGUACAUGUAUUAUAAUGUAGUCCUCAGAGAUUACAGUUGAAGAAAAGCCCUUAUUCAUGAUUGAAUGUGGACAUAAAACAUGAUAUUGGUAGAAAUUGUAAGUAAAUAAAUAAUGUACAGUAUAUGAUAAUUUUUACAAUUUCUACAAAUAUAAUGUGAAACCUGUCAUUUACAACCCCAAAAUCAGGAAAAGCUGGGGCGCUAUGUUGAAAUUGAAAUUAAAACUGAAAACAAUGAUUUGUAAAUAA